GAAAGGACCAGUCCUAUAUCUACUGACCCUGUUCUUCUUUUUGUUUUCUUUCCCUUUUGACCAUGGUCACAAUAUUCAAGUAAAACUCUCUCCUCCCCCUCCCCGGCAUUUUCUUCCCAUUUCCAGAAUUACUUCUCCACCUCUCGACCCGCCCUCUCUUCCUCUCUCAUCCCCGAUUGUCCCGAGUCGAAGCCGGAUGAGAUAACAUACACAAAAUCCAACUAGAGACCACCCAACACAUACAAUAGAUCAUACAGCGCAGAACUUGAAGCGGGCCAAGGCCGAGGAGGAAAACAGCAGAGACGCUUCCUCCAAGAUGGCCUCCGGCAAGGGCGCGGACGAGGCGCCUCCGCAGAGCGCGAGCUCUCCCAAGUCGCACACCGAGCUCUACCCCAUGAGCAACUGGAAGUAUGACACCUUUCUGUGGUGCAUGUCCAUCUUUGUCGACCUUUUCUUCCGCGAGGUCCACCCACGAGGCUCCUGGAAGGUCCCAAGACAAGGGCCCGUCCUGUUUGUCGCCGCGCCACAUGCCAACCAGUUUGUCGAUGCCCUGAUCCUCCAGCGGACUCUACACAACGAGGCGAAACGGCGCGUGUCCCUCCUAGUGGCCCAAAAGUCCGUCCAUGGCUUCAUCGGCUGGGCCUCACGCCAGACAGGUGCAGUCCCCGUCGGCCGGGCACAGGACGCCGCCAAGCCCAAGGACGGCACUGUCUACCUGCCUGAACCCCUCAGAGACCCGACCCUGAUCCGCGGGAUCGGUACACAUUUCGACAAGGAGGCUGAGAUCGGCGGCAUGAUCUUUCUGCCCUCGGCCAAGGGCCAGGCGAGCACCAGCGUCGACGUCGCCGAGAUCUACGGGCCCGAGGAGAUCAGGGUUAAGCGCCCCUUCAAGACGAAGCUGGCGCUGUUCCAGCUGACGGGCCGCGAGGACAUCGACGAGUCGGGAACCUUUACGGACCAGAGCCUCAAGGGCCCCAAGCAGGGCUACGAGGGGACCAAGUACAAGCUGGCGCCCCACAUCGACCAGACCAAGGUGUACGAGGCCGUGUUCGACCGGCUGCGGUCCGGCGGCUGUGUGGGCAUCUUCCCCGAGGGCGGCAGCCACGACCGCACAGGGCUGCUACCUAUCAAGGCGGGCGUGGCGAUCAUGGCGCUCGGCGCACUGGCUGACUCGCCUGAUGUCGACCUGAAAGUGGUGCCAGUAGGCAUGAACUACUUCCACGCGCACAAGUUCCGGUCGAGGGCCGUGGUCGAGUUUGGGCAGCCGAUCGAGAUCCCCACGGAGCUCGUGGACAUGUACAAGCACGGGCAGCGGCGGGAGGCCAUCGGGCAGCUCCUGGACUCGGUGUACCAGGGCCUGGCGGCGGUGACGGUGCAGACGCCCGACUACGACACGCUCAUGCUCAUCCAGGCGGCGCGGCGGCUCUACAAGCCGACGGGCAAGAAGCUGCCCCUCCCCUACGUGGUGGAGCUGAACCGGCGGCUGGCCAUGGGCUACGAGCGGUACAAGGACGACCCGCGGAUCGUGCAGCUCUCGAGGGCGGUCAAGGAGUACAACCAGCAGCUCAAAUACCUGAAUAUUCGCGACCACCAGGUGCAGUAUGCGCGGAUGCCGAUCCACACCGUGGUGUUCACGGCCGUCUAUAGGGUGGUCAAGCUGCUGGUGCUCCUGCUGGGGACGCUGCCGGGCCUGAUGCUGUUCACGCCCGUGUUCGUGCUGACCAAGUACAUCAGCAUCCGCAAGGCCAGGGAGGCGCUGGCCGGGUCGUCGGUCAAGAUCCAGGGGCGGGACGUGAUGGCCACAUGGAAGAUCAUGACGGCGCUCUUCUUCGCACCCAUCCUGUACAACACGUACAUCUGCAUCUUUGUGUGGCGCGUGUACGCGGACCGGCUCUGGGGCUACUGGGACUACGUGCCGGGCUGGCUGCCGCUGUGGGUGGCGUUCCCGACGGGGUGGAUUCUGUUUCCGCUGAUCACGUUUGCGGCGCUGCGGCUGGGCGAGGUGGGCAUGGACAUCUUCAAGUCGCUGCGGCCGCUGGUCAUGUGCAUCAACCCGGCGUCGAGCUUCAACAUCCAGCAGCUGCGUGAGAGGCGAGCGGAUCUGAGCGAGCGGGUGACAGAGCUGAUCAACGAGCUGGGGCCCGAGAUGUUCUCCGACUUUGACAAGACGCGGAUUGUGGCGGACUCAGCGGUGACGACGACGACGAGGAGCAGGGAUGGCGACGAAGAGGAGGGCCGACCCAAGACCCCUGGGGCUGGGGCUGGGGCCUGGCCAGGGAGACGCGACAGCGGCAUGUCUAUCUCUGCCGAGGCGGACAGCCCGACGACGAAGCCGCUGGUGCGUCGCGACACCAACUCAUCGAGCCUGGGUCUGCCUCGAAACGAGUCGUACAGCAACAUUGGCAAGGUGGGCAUGUUCUCGACACGGCCGCCGUCGCGGUCGCGGAGCCGCAGCAGCAGCAGCGGCGGGGCGUUUGGGUCAGCAGGAUUCCCCAUCAGCGCGUUCACGACGCUGGACUCCAAGGAGGGGCUGGACGAGGUGAGCCGCAGGAUCCGCGAGGAGAUGAAGGGGCGGGGCGAGCUGCGGCGGCGCAAGAGCGAGGGGGGAAAGAAGGCGUUUGCGCUGCAGGGCGAGGACGACAGCGAGGACGAGGAGGAGGGCAAUGGGAAUGGGAUUGGGAAUGGGAAUGUGGACGGAGGGUACCGUUCUGGGAGGAAGGCGACGUAG